AUGGGUGUUGUCAUUUCCAGGACUCGGAAGCAAGCCCAGGUCCUCAUGUUGGGUCUGGACGACGCGGGGAAGACCACGCUGCUGUACAAGCUGAAAUACAACGAGAGCGUGGCCACGGUCCCGACGGUGGGCUUCAACGUGGAGACGCUGGACACAGACCGGAGCAGUCCAGGGCUCACCGUGUGGGACGUGGGGGGCCAGAGGAAGAUGAGGCCCCAUUGGAAGCAUCACUAUGCUGAUACCGCUGGGCUGAUGUUUGUGGUGGACAGUUCGGAUCUGAAGAGGCUGGAUGAGGCCAGAAAGGAGCUUCAUCGGGUGCUGAGAUAUGAGACCCUUCGAGGAGUCCCUCUGGUGGUGCUCUCCAACAAGCAGGACCUUCCUGGAGCUCUGAGUCCACAGCAGCUCUGCAGGAGGCUGGACUUGGGGAGAGUAUGCGAGGGCAGAGCCUGGUUCAUCCAACCCUGCUCGGCUUUAACCGGUGCCGGCCUGGAGGAGGGAUUCAGGAGGAUAGUCUACCUGAUGAAGACCCCUCUGAAGCAGACCCAGGAGGACAUAAAGGUGAAGAUGAAGUCAAAGAGCUUCGGUAUCAGAGAACUCCUGUGUAACAGAUGA